AUGAAUCUCUGUGGCACGCCCUAUUGGCCGCUGGAGCGUACGUCAACGGGCCGCCAUAUUGCGGAGGGCAACAUUCCCAUUUCUCUCAUAACGGGAGUUGAGGAAAAAUGCCUGCUUCAUGUGCUGCUUGGGGCUGUACAAAUCGCCGCACUAUUGAAAACAGGUCUCGGGAAAUUACUUUUCACAAGUGCUGAGAAUGUUUUCAGAGGAGCUACUGUCCAUCUGCCCUGCUCCUCGGAUACUAAUAACAUUGUCAGAGUUUCUGUAGAGUGGAAAAAUAACAUAACAAGUAUUUGUAAUUAUAAUUUAAUUGACUACAAAGAGGGAAGUUUCAAAGGAUAUUGCAAACCUCGUUUUACACUGAAUAGAACGUCUUUUGCACUACGUAUAGACAAUGUUCAGCUCAGUGACGCUGGUAAUUACACCUGUAGAAUUUCAAGAAUAAUUCCACCACCAUCAACUGAUUCCAUCUCAGAUGUGAAACUACAUGUUGAAGAUCCAGGUCUCACAUUGCAGCAUUUGAACAGCAGUAAUGACAUCUGCAUCCUUCUGCUCUGCUCAUUGGAGAGACUGAACCCUGAGCAGGUGAACUUCACCUGGAGCAGAGAGGGUCAAAGGUUAUCUCAUUCAUACAAUUCUUCUGGUAUGAACAGUGAGCUGCGUCUGUGUAAACCAGCGUGGAGAGAAGGAGACACAUUCACCUGUAACGCUAGCUACUCGAGCGAAAAAAGACUUUACAGCCAAAGUUUACAGCUCUUAAGUCUUGUCACAGAAUAUCCUGCCAAUUUAACUUUGCUGCUGAUAAUCACAUGCACCACAGGGAUCAUCCUCUGCCUGAUCUUCACUGCUGUUCUGUACAAAUGCAGAAAGAAAAGAGAUGAAAAUGUAUCGAUAGUGUUCAGCAAUAAAGUCUACGAGAACUUCAGUUUCAUCAUGGCUCAACAGACCAUCCAGGCCAAUGCCAAACCACAAACAGAAGAGUGCAUUUAUGAGAACUAGCCUAUGUCAUAAAUAACAUAAUGUCACACUGAACCUAAACUUGUUGCAAAGGUGAUGCAAUGUAGGCUAAACUGUAAAUGUAAUGGUUCCGCUAUUAUAUCUGGAGGUGAUGCACACUGAAUGUGAAGCAAAGCAUUCUCACUGCAUUGAUUAAAAGGCUUUUAUUGAAAAACAUAAUUGCAGACAAACAAUCAGUAGGCUAUAUUUGUUCAUUGUAUUCAAGCAUUGUAUAGGAACACUGGCAUGUGUGUUGACUUUGUGUUUAUAGACAGGGACUUUACAUCUGUUUUCUUAGAUAAGGUGCAACGGCAUUAAUUUAUUACAACCUCUCUUUGCACUUUUUAUCAUACGACUUUUAUUUUUGGUACUGUAUAUGGAAUACAUUUGUAAUGUUGUAUUUUCUUGUAAA